CUUUGUGUUUGUGCAUGGAAUAUGAAUAAUCCUCCUGCUAACGUGCGCCAAUCUGACCAACCACCAAACUACCACCCAUUAGUUUUAGGCCCUCCCAAUCCAUCUGACUCACCCCUUUCUGUCAUUAUUCAAGACGACCAAACAACACCCAGUCCUCAAAACCCAUCACCAAAACCACCUCAACCCCCUAAAGCCACCAUUGCUUCGCCGUCCGGAGGAGGCGCUUCGUCCGGCAGACACCCGAAGUAUCACGGAAUCCGGAGCCGGAGCGGCAAAUGGGUGUCGGAGAUCCGGGAGCCGCGUAAAACUACGCGUAUAUGGCUGGGGACGUACCCGACACCCGAAAUGGCGGCUGCCGCUUAUGAUGUGGCGGCGCUGGCACUCAAAGGCCCCGACGCUACCCUCAACUUCCCGGAUUCCGCUCUUUCUUAUCUCGUCCCAGCGUGUUCGUCAGCAAGCGAUAUUCGUGCUGCGGCGGCUGCUGCCGCUGCAGCUAGGCAGCCGAAGCCGCCGGAGACCCCUGUUCCGGAAAAAGAGGACAUGUCGUCGAGUACUGGUAAGGCCGGCAAUGAAUUUAUCGAUGAGGAAACAUUUUUCAAUAUGCCCAAUUUGCUAGUGGACAUGGCGGAAGGAAUGCUGGUGAGCCCGCCAAGGAUGAAGUCUACACCAUCGGAUGACUCUCCGGAAAAUUCAGAUGGAGAAAGUCUUUGGAGCUAUGGUUGAAAAGGGUAAGUCUUCAACCAUGCCUUGAAGAGAAUGAUAUAUAUAUAUAUAUAUAUAUAUAUAUAACAGAAGCAGACUGGUGUGAUAACAUCACUAGAUUUUACCAUAUUUGGAUUGUACUCUUUUUUAUUAUUAUUUUUUUUCAGCUUCGCUGUAUGUAUUUGAAUUUUGAAGCUGAUUGGCUUUGAUUGGAUUCUAGUUAGUGAGUUAUCAAGUCAUUUGAAAGCUUUGAGAUUGUGAACACUAUAUUGGAUUGUGAAGCUACUGCUACAUGCAUAAUUUUUAGUUAAACCUUUGUGUAUUUUGAUUUGAUUAAGUUUAAUGUGUUUAGUCCGCAGAGACCGAGUUUGAUUUAGAACAAA